AUGGUUGAGAUCCUCUUCUUGGUCGAGAUCCUCCCCCUUCCUCUGGGUGGAGAUCCUUCUCUGGGUCGAGAACCUCCUUCUUUGGGUCGAGAUCCUCCUCCUCAGGGUUCAAGACCCUCAUCUGGGUGGAGACCCUCAUCUGGGUGGAGACCCUCAUCUGGGUGGAGACCUCCUCUUCUGCGUCGAGGUCCUCCUCCUCCUUUGGGUCGAGAUCCUCCUCCUCCUCUGGGUCGAGAUCCUCCUCCUCCUCUGGGUCGAGAACCUCCUCCUCCUCUGGGUCGAGAACCUCCUCCUCCUCUGGGUCGAGAACCUCCUCCUCCUCUGGGUCGAGAACCUCCUCUGCCUCCGGGUCGAGAUCUUCCUCCUCUGGGUCGAGAACCUCCUCUGUUAACAAGAUUUAUGUUGGACGUUUUAAUGAGGAACUCGAUGCGAUAAGACUUCUUCAUCUGGACAUGCUGUUAUGACUCUUUUCUCAGGCUCUGUGGACACACUGUCUCUAGAGCGCCCCCUGCCUGUGACACAGUGACAUCAGUUUCUGUGGAAAUAAAUGGCUUUGAAUUGUGAAGACGUCAAAAACAAGAAGUUUGAACAAUAAACGUGGAGUUUUUUAUACAUGGAACAAUACGUGGAAAACAAUGCACAUGGACGACUGUUUACUAAGAACUUUAGAAGUUUAGAAGGAGUGUUUUUAUGAGUGUUUGUUUAUUUACAGUCGCUGUUUUCACAGCUUUCAGCAUUUGGCACUAGGUCUUGGUAUCUGCAGGCAGUGGUUGUUACUUAUUGUUAUUAUUAUUAAUAAUAGUACUAUUAUUAUUAUUAUUAUGAACCAAAUGCUUUCGAUCAUUUCAACCAGUUUAGCACUUUCCUGGGAUUUUAACCAGGGCCUUUUCCUUAUCAUGGAGAUUUCUGUUGCCCCUGUUGCUGAGAUAACACCAGUUACCUGGACUGGUUUACCUGGAUUACGCUGGUUUGCUGGUUUUGUCCUCUUUCUCUUGUCAUUCUUCCUGUUCAAUGUUGUGUGUAUGAAUGACCCAUUGAUGAAACACACCUCCAACCAAGUCUUCCAACCGUAUUUAUUAAAAUUGCUUUUUUCAGGAAAAAGAUUGUGUUUUUGAGUCGGUCCUCUGAUGUAAAGUGUGUAGUUUAAUGCCAUUAAAUAUCCAUCAUAGCAAAUGUACUGUAGAAACACAUUCAUAUGAUUGACUGUUUUAUAAAGCUCUGGAAAAAAUGAAGAGACCACUUUAGUUUCUGAAUCAGUUUUUUUUAAUGCAUCUUGGCAUCAUGUUCUCCUCCACCAGUCUUACACACUGCUUUUGGAUAACUUUAUGCUGCUUUACUCCUGGUGUAAAAAUUCAAGCAGUUCAGUUUGGUGGUUUGAUGGUUUGUGAUCAUCCAUCUUCCUCUUGAUUAUAUUCCAGAGGUUUUUAAUUUAGUAAAAUCAAAGAAACUCAUCAUUUUAAGUGCUCUCUUCAUUUUUUCCAGAGCUGUAUAUGUUGUAUAUGUAUGUUACACUUCUGAAGUCCAUUUUUUGUUAUUUAACUACAACAGAGCUCACACACAACCUGAUACCAAGUGCCUAAAGCUGUUGAACUGGUGGCGUGAUUUGUGUUCUUUAUUUUUAUAUAAUAUAAGUCUUCUCCUUUU